AUGUAUAAGAAAAAGACUAGUGAUUUCACGGACUCAGUUACCUCCUCGUCCUCAAUUUCUGUUCAUCCCAAAAAUGGAAAAGUCGUUACUUCCCGCUUCAUGUCUUCUCCUUCGCUUGCUGAUCAUAUAACCAAUGAUAGGCUCAGAGACAAAGAGCAUCACAAAUCCACCAACAGCAACACAUCUUCAACCUCCGCUUCCUCUCUUACCAGGCAAAAAUCCAAGAACCAUGUUAACAGCGCUUCUUCCAAAGAGAACGAUGGACCCUCUUUUGCUGCUUCUCUAAGGAACAUUGUAAAAUUUGCUUCCUCGUCACCGUCUACUGUUAUAUCAUCACCAUCAUCUUCCUCUUCCUCGGUGAAGAAACAAAGUUCCAACGAUACAUUAUGCAUUGGUCCGGCAAGGUUAUCUCUGGAUCAAAAUGCGUUGUACAAGAAAUCCUUGUCUUCUUCACGUAGAAACCACCAAGAUUACUAUUCUAACGUCUCGAAUUCAGUUGAAUCGGAACCUGGUUAUUUCAAUUCUCCAUCAAGAACUACAUCAUCUAGAAAACUUGGUAGAGAGGUUCCUUCCAAGUACAUGGUGAUGACCACUGAUGCAGCAUCGUUCGACGAGUCCAUGCUAUCAACGGCGAAGAACGAGAACACAAUGUUGCAGAAAAGCAGCUCUAUAAAGAGGGUAAACUCGCUUGUUAAUGGGUACAAGAGUUCAAUGUCUCAGUGGGCGUUAUCUCCUGGGAGAUCAGGGUCACCAACUAUGUGUGUGGACAAGAAGGAUAAACUACCGUCUUCGUUUUCGAGCUUGAGGCCUCAGAAGAAUAAUAAGAGCGUGGAGAAGAUUCUGAGCAUGGGUUUUGAUCUAUUCAGGACAAAGAAAUCUUCUUCUUCUUCUAACUCUGAGGAUCUUCAUUUGCUACGCUUGCUUGAUAAUCGUUUCAUGCAGUGGCGGUUCGCUAAUGCUAGAGCUCAGGUUGUGAACGAAAAUCUUACUCAUACGGUUCAGAGUAAUUUAAUAUGUGCUUUGGAUGGUCUGACAAAGUUGAGAAAUUCAGUGAUGCAAAAGAAGAUACAGCUUGAGAGGGAAAAGCUUAGGAUGAAGCUCAACCUUGUACUACGUUCUCAAAUGAAGCUAUUGGAAACAUGGGGAGCUAUGGAAAGGCAACACAUGGCAGAAAUUGCUGCAAUGAAGGACUGCUUGCAUUCUGUUGUUUGUAAAGUUCCGCUUUUGGAAGGCGCAACGGUGGACAUACAAUCAGCAUUCAUUGCUGAGCGGCAAGCAUCUGAUCUCACAGAUUCCAUCAACUUAAUGUUAAAUAGUUUUUCACUGCCGGCUUAUAAGACUGCUGAGUUAGUAUCAGAAUUAGCAGAAGUUGUUGCACAAGAGAAGUUGCUCAUAGAAGAAUUCUAUGACCUUUUCCAUGCCGUACGUGUCCUUGAGCUCAGAGAAAGAAGCUUGAAGUGCAGCCUCAUUCAACUUCAAUGA